UUCCCUUGCGCUCGUUACUUCAAAGUUCAAAAAAACUUCUGUUCAUUUUAUUUCACAAGAGAUGGAAGGAGAGCAGCGCGUGCAAGAUGAGUACCCUCCCUAUGGUUCAAUUUAAUGCGGCAAUGGGUUGAAUAUCAUAUCCGCUGAUCGAUCGAUCCAAACCAGAGGAAAAUCAAUGAGUUCGGGCUCCCCUCGAACCCGCAUCGAUCAGUUUUUCCCCUCCAGGAAAAGGAAACCUCCAUCUCCGUGCUUGAAGGAAGAGAAAAAUGAUAAGCACAUCAAAAAUAAAGCUGAUGGGUCACCCAGCACUAAAUGUAGUUUGGAAUUCGAUUUUGUAGAUUCUCAUGGUGCUGGACUUCCACCCAAAUGCGCUACAUCAGAUGGUGGUGCUUCUCUAAUAAGUGACAAGGUCCAGAGAGACUUGAUACAUGAGAUUAAUAAAGCAACAGAUGAUGCACACAAUUUCUCAUCUUUGGACUGUGCAAAAGGAAGGGGGAGAGAAAGUAAAAAUGAGAUUGUUGAGAAACCAUUGUGUGAGCGAGAUUUUGUUGGUGAAAUUGGUGCAACAAAAUGUAGUUUUGUUUCUAGAUUUUCUCAUAAUCUGGUCCCGGGCGUCGAAAUUCCUGCAAAAGAAGAGAAACCCAUUGCUGGUGUUAAGAACAAUUUAGAGCACAACGAGUUUGUCAAAGAUUUUUUGUCCCUCUAUUGCGAGGAGAUCUCGACAAGUGCAGGUGAUAUUUCUGGGCUUCCUUUAGCUGUUCAGAGUGUUAAUAUUUGCAAGAGAAAAAGUAGCUCUACUCGGCUUUCAGAUGAGAGGAUUACAUGCAAGAAGCAAUGUGUUUCAGAUCAUUCCCAAUGUUUAUCAGAGGUUGGGAAUGCUUCCUCAUAUCACGAGGAACCUGAGCAAUGUGGGAGGAAAAAUACAGCUUCUUCAAAUGUAGAACGAGGCGAGGGGGUUGAGGUUGCAGGAGUUAAUCGAGGCAAGGAAUCCAAAGGCAAAAAAGUUGGACUAGGUACAGUUUUGAGGAAAUGUGACAAAACUCCUAACUCAGGCUCUGGGAGAAUUUGCUUUCAAACGCCGAGUUCAUCAGCCAGUGUUAAACAUUCAUCUGGCACUCGUGGGUGGUCAUAUCGGGGCUCCCUUUUUUCGCCUGGUGAUGAGUUUUGGACUGAAGCAAUUCAAGUUGCUGAUGGAUUUGCUCCCAAGAAUGAAUGUUCUAUUGCAGCUGUUUGCUGUACAAAGAACAGUAGAACUGUGGACUCUAUGAAGAAGCAUUCUAAAGAAAAUAUGGACAUGGAGAAUGGUGGCCCAUCAUUGCUUUUGCAUAGAGAAAGAUCUCCACUGCCUGUGAAACAUUUUGACUUCUCAUGUGACGGAAAGCAUUUAGAUGGGAAAACUUCGACCAAGUGUUUUGUAGAUGGUAUGGACCAUUCUACCCUCGAUGGGUGCAAAACUUUGGAAACUGGCAACUUAAACUGCAAAGGAAAGCAGGCCCUAAUGACUAAUAAUGAUGGCAUCUCAGCACAAGCAAAGGAGGAUAAUUGUGAAUCCCCAGGUAAGGUACUUUUGGCCAUUCGUGAGCAGGAUCCGACUUUGGCUGUUCUGAGUGGAGCACAUUCAACUACUGCUUCUGAAGUAGGACGGGACAAAAUAGUUGCACUUGUUCCAAAGGUGAAUGGCAUUGUUUCAAGUGAUGACAAGCUUUUAGAAAGUGUGCAUGGUAUUGAUGAGGCACAAAGGGAACCCAAGAGAAUUUCAGUUUGUGAUACAACACUAAAUGUGAAUGGUACACCAUCAAGUUCUACUUCUUUAAAUGGUCACCUACAGCUGCGGACCUGGCUUCCUUCUAAAAUAUGCGAAGUAUAUUUAAAGAAAGGCAUUUCAAGACUUUAUCCCUGGCAGGUUGAAUGUUUGCAGGUGGAUGGCGUUCAACAAAAACGGAAUCUUGUUUACUGUGCUUCAACGAGUGCGGGUAAGAGUAUUGUUGCUGAGAUCUUGAUGCUGCGUCGAGUAAUCACCACCAGGAAAAUGGCAUUGCUGGUCUUGCCUUAUGUAUCACUUUGUUCAGAAAAGGCUGAACAUUUGGAAGCUCUUUUGGAUCCAUUGAAGAUGCAUGUUCGAAGUUUUUAUGCAAAUCAGGGGGGCAGAACACUUCCUAAGGAUACAUCUAUUGCUGUUUUCACAAUUGAGAAGGCAAAUUCUUUAAUUAAUAAAUUGUUGGAAGAGGGCCGUCUUUCUGAAGUUGGAGUAAUUGUUAUUGAUGAACUUCACAUGGUUGGUGAUCAGAGAAGAGGGUACCUUCUGGAACUUAUGUUGACAAAGUUACGGUAUGCUGCGGGUGAAGGUUAUUCAGAAGCAUCAAGUGGCGAUAGCUCUAGUACAAGCAGUGGAAAAACUGAUCCUGCGCAUGGUUUGCAAAUCAUUGGAAUGAGUGCAACUAUGCCUAAUGUUGCAGCUAUUGCUGAUUGGCUUCAGGCAGGUUUAUAUGAAACUGAAUUCAGACCUGUUCCUUUAGUGGAAUACAUUAAAGUUGGAAAUACUAUUCUCAACAAAAAAUUAGAAGUUGUUCGAACUAUCCAGAAAAAGGCUGAUCUUGGGGGUAAAGAUCCUGACCAUAUAGUUGCAUUAUGUGAUGAGAUCGUUCAAGAAGGCCAUUCAGUACUUCUAUUUUGCUCAAGUAGAAAAGGAUGUGAGACAACGGCUCGUCAUGUCUCUAAGUUCCUUAAAGAAUUUACAGUAAAUUCACGUGAUUCUGUGUGGGAAAUUAAAGAUGCCUCUUCUGCUCUUGAAGUGUUGAGGAAGUGUCCAGCUGGAUUAGAUCCUGUUUUGGAGGAAAUUUUGCCAUCUGGUGUAGCUUAUCAUCAUGCCGGGCUCACGGUAGAAGAAAGAGAGAUUGUUGAAACGUGCUACCGGCAAGGAAUUGUACGCGUCUUAAUGGCUACAUCUACCUUAGCUGCUGGAGUUAAUUUACCUGCUAGGAGGGUUAUUUUUCGGCAACCCAGAAUUGGGCGUGACUUCAUUGAUGGAACACGAUACAAACAGAUGGCUGGCCGUGCCGGGCGUACUGGAAUUGACACAAGUGGGGAAAGCAUUCUUAUCUGCAAGCCGGAAGAGGUCAAACGAAUUUCAGCUUUGUUGAAUGAUAGCUGCCCCCCUUUGCAGUCUUGCCUAUCCGAAGAUAAAAAUGGAAUGACACAUGCAAUCUUAGAGGUUGUAGCUGGGGGUAUCGUUCAAACUGCAACUGACAUUCAUCGUUAUGUACGUUGCACUCUUCUCAAUUCAACCAAACCAUUUGAAGAUGUUGUGAAGUCAGCUCAGGACUCCCUUCGAUGGCUUUGCCAAAGGAAAUUUCUUGAAUGGAAUGAAGAAACUAAGAUGUAUAGCACCACACCACUUGGACGUGCGACCUUUGGUAGUUCGCUCACUCCUGAAGAGUCUCUUGUUGUUCUUGAUGAUCUUUCCAGGGCUCGUGAGGCGUUUGUCCUGGCAUCAGACUUGCAUUUGGUCUACUUGGUCACUCCGAUCAAUGUUGAUGUUGAACCAGAUUGGGAAUUGUAUUAUAAAAGGUUCAUGGAACUAUCGAAUCUUGACCAGAGAGCUAAUGACCAACUAAGGAAGAUUUCUGUUUUCUAUUUCCGUUCUCAUGAUUGUGAAAUCUUGGCGGUUAUCGUGGCCCUGGAUAAGGACAAAGCACUGGGCCCAAAUGGUUUCUCGGUUGCUCCUUUCAAACUCUUCUGGGAAACCUUUAGGCCUGACUUCUUGAGUGUUUAUGCCCCUUUAUCCACCAUGUUCUUAUGCAUGGGUUUAACCCUCCCAAAUGUCCUCUUAGAACUAAUGAUUGAUUUCAGUUACUUUGCUGGUUGUAAUGAUGAAAGUAUAUGUAUGUACAUGGGAAUGCAGGAAGUACCCGUUAUGGCUGUUUGUGAAGCCUUCAAAGUGGCUAGGGGUAUGGUGCAGGCCCUACAAGAGAAUGCUGGCAGAUUUGCCUUAAUGGCUUCUGUAUUUUGUGAAAGACUUGGCUGGCGUGAUUUGGAAGGCCUGAUUUCAAAAUUUCAAAAUCGGGUUACAUUUGGUGUAAGAGCAGAGAUUGUAGAGCUCACCACUAUUCCUUUGGUCAAGGGUUCUCGUGCAAGGGCUCUCUAUAGAGCUGGCUUGCGCACUCCACAAGCUGUUGCUGAAGCUUCCAUUCCUGAUAUUGUCAAAGCUUUGUUUGAAGGCUCUUCAUGGGCAGCUGAAGAAGGUUCAGCAAUGCGCCGUAUGCAGUUUGGAGUGGCGAAAAAGAUAAAAGUUGGGGCUCGCAGAAUUGUCCUUGAUCAAGCUGAAGAGGCUAGAGUAGCUGCCUUUUCAGCAUUCAAAUCACUUGGACUUGUUCCCUGUGAAUUUCCUCAAGCUCAGCUUUCAAUAAAAGCUGUGGAUAAUGUAACAUUAGUAGACACUGUGCCUGAUUAUCCUGAUUUUAUUUCCCAUCACAGUCCAGAUGUGCAAGCUGGAGGUGCUCCAUCUUCUAUUACUUCUGAUGUCGUUGGAGAAUACGUUGAAGAUGGAAAGAUGAUAUCGUAUGGCAUUGGGCUGGAGCCUAAGAUUGUUAUAACAAGAGACAAAAUGAUCAAUAUGGAUGGAGUUAGUGAAAGUUACUCAACUGGCCUGGAAAAUUUAAAAGAUAAGGACGGAACCAUUCAACUUUUAGGAGCAGUUCCCCUUCCAACUUUGGAUCCCAACGAUGAUUUGAUGAACAAACCAUUUUUUCCACAAGAGUUGAAGAAUGUCAGUAGUAUUGGCACAAUGCCUUUUGGGAAUUCUGCGGGAGUACUUGCUUCCCAGCAGGAGAAGCAAAGCAAUGGUUUUGCACCAAAAUAUAAGCUAGGAAAACAAUGCAAUUCUGAGAAAGGUCCAAUUAAUGCUGGUAGCAUACCUGGUGGAUUUGAUUAUUUCUUGUCUCUAUGGGAUACUGUCACAGAAUUUUAUUUUGAUGUCCAUUUCAAAAAGUUUGGUGAUCUCAACUCAUCUGUCCCUUUUGAAAUUUAUGGCAUAGCUAUUUGCUGGAAGGAUUCUCCUGUAUACUAUGUGAACAUUCCUAAAGAUUUGGUUGUCCUUGAGAAGAAACUUUUAGCUCAGAAACUUGAUGGUUCUGUAGGCACAACUGUAGGCAAUGAUUCAAGUUCAACAACUGAUUUGAGUGAUCGAUGGGAACUAGCUAAUUAUAGAUGGGGCCUCAUUGGAAAGAUCAUGGGAAAGAAUGGAGUUAGAAAAGUUACAUGGAUGCUCAAGGGUCAGAUUCAGGCACUUCAAAAGCCUGGGAUCUCCCUUCGGAGAGUUUGUGGCUCCCGUAUUGGACGACAAGAGGAGCAUAAUGAAAUUGAACUAAGAGAGAGUUCCUCCCUCUUUCUUCCAUCUAUAAUCGUGGAAAAUGGAAUUGACGUUUGCAUUGUGGCGUGGAUUCUGUGGCCAGAUGAGGAGAGCAGCUCUAGUCCAAAUUUAGAGAAGGAAGUAAAGAAACGAUUAUCUGCAGAAGCUGCUGCUGCCGCUAAUCGAGAUGGUAGGUGGAGAAAUCAGAUGCAUAAGGUUGCCCACAAUGGCUGCUGCCGUCGUGUGGCACAAACAAGGGCCCUAGAUGCGGUUUUGUGGAAAUUACUCAUCUCUGAAGAUCUUGUUGAAGCACUUACGUGUGUUGAGAUGCCAUUGGUUAAAGUUCUCGCAGACAUUGAAUUCUGGGGAAUAGGUGUUGAUAUGGAGUUAUGCCUGAGAGCAAGGCAUAUUCUUGGUAAAAAGCUAAAGGAACUUGAGGAGGAAGCUUACAGUCAUGCUGGGAUUGCCUUUUCUCUUUAUGGAGCUGUAGAUAUAGCACAUGUGCUGUACAAACACUUAAAGUUGCCUAUACCUGAGAGCUGCAAUAAAGGAAAACAUCACCCUAGUACAAAUAAACGUUCAUUGGAACUGCUCAGGGAUCAACAUCCGAUAGUUGGAGUAAUCAAGGAGCACCGGACAUUGGCAAAGCUCUUCAAUAGUACGCUUGGUUCGAUAUGUUCACGGGCUAGGCUCUGUACAAGGUUCCAAAAGUACAAAAUUCAAGGGCAUUGGCUUCAGACUUCUACGGCUACUGGAAGACUCUCCAUGGAAGAUCCUAAUCUUCAGUGUGUUGAGCAUAUGGUAGACUUCACAAUCCAUUCCAAAGACAAAGGUUCAAUUUCUGAUCAUCAUCAAAUCAAUGCACGCAAAUUCUUCAUACCUACUCAGGAUGAGUGGUUGCUGCUUACAGCUGAUUACUCUCAGAUAGAGCUGAGAUUAAUGGCUCAUUUCUCCAAAGAUCCCUCACUGAUUGAACUUCUUAGUCAACCAGAAGGUGAUCUCUUUACCAUGAUAGCUGCACGAUGGACUGGACAGUUGCAAUGUGCAGUUAGCUCAGAACAGAGAGAUCAGACAAAAAGGCUAGUUUAUGGCAUCCUCUAUGGAAUGGGUGUUACUACACUUGCAGAACAGUUAAACUGCAGCUCUGAGGAAGCUGCUGAGAAAAUUCAAAGCUUUAAGAGUUCUUUCCCAUUGGUCUCGUCUUGGCUCCAGGAGACUGUUCAGUUCUGCCGUAAAAAAGGAUAUGUGGAGACUCUAAAGGGGAGGAAGCGUUUCUUGGGGAAGAUAAAGUUUGGAAGUGGUGCUGAGAAAGCUAAAGCUCAGAGACAAGCUGUGAACUCUGUUUGUCAGGGCUCCGCUGCUGAUAUAAUCAAGAUUGCUAUGAAAAAAAUUCACUCAGUGAUUGCUGAGGGAUGCCUGGGACCUGAUCAAGAAUCUGAUUCCUCAUCUCCUCAUUGUCUGCUGAAAGGCCGAUGCCGAAUUGUGUUACAGGUACAUGAUGAACUUGUACUUGAAGUUGACCCUUCAGUAUUGAGGGAGGCAGGAGUAUUGCUGCAAACCAGCAUGGUGGGCGCUGUAUCUCUUCGAGUUCCUCUGCAUGUCAAAUUGAAUGUGGGAAGAACAUGGGGAACUCUAGAGCACUUUAAGCCAGGUCCUUGAAAGGGAAAACCAUCCCCAUCUCAAAAUUUCUCUAGUCAUGAAGGAUAACAUCCAUUCCAUGCUCUUAGACGAGGGUAUAUUGUUACAAGUGAGAAAGGAUUGCCUUGAGACCUGGCAUGCCAUUAUACUUAAAAAGGGCGAAGUUCUUGCUUAGUCAAUCCUGAAGAAAGCUGAUUGGAGUCUGGUCUAAAAUAGACUCCCAAUUAUUUCAGUCACUGAGGUUCAUUUGCGAUGUGUGGCUCUGUGCUUCAACUCCGGCGUUGGGGAAUGCUUUGUUCCUUUCAUUACAUUGCCAGUUGUUUGCUUGGAGAUAGAGAAAUUUGAGUGAUGGAGCUCUCUCUCUCUAGGUGGCCCAAUCCCAAUAGGUAUCAAUGGACAAGGGUCACUCACGGCAUUGUCUAGGAAUAUUAUAAAUUUGGUUGAGCAGGCAAGUUGUCGCCCACUCUAUAGAAGGCCUUUCAUCAUGGAACCCAUUUUCAUGUUUGUUAUAUACUGAAAUUUAGUGAUGAGGACAUAGAAUUAAUGGUAGACCUCAGCACAUAAUGGUUAGGUUUUGAUUGGUAUCCUAGCCAACUUGAGGGAGAUUGUGUCCCCUUGUAUACCUUUAUUUAUAUUUGAUAGUUCUACUAUUGAAUCAAUAUUUUCCAUAGAAAACAAAGGUCUUAUUUUUGCUCAUGGAAGGUGUUAUUUUAGUGAGAGUGGUGUUGUCUCAGAAUACAGCACACUAGAAUGUACUGUAACUGUUUUUUUUGAGGUAGCAAUAAGCCUCAUCUUAUGGUGCAGUAGAAUUGAAUAUGCUGUUUCAUUGGGUAUGUAUGAACUGAUAGAGGUUGCCUAAGUGCACAGGUUUGGAUAUCGUUGCCUUUGGAUUUCAUGGGCAUAAGCAGAUGCACCGUAUAUGUGAUACAAAUUAUAUGGUUAA